AUGACUAGAGAUCCUCAGCAUACGUGUGACUUCACCUGCAGAGUUUCUCUCUCUAGUAAGAAGUACCCAAUGAAGUGCAUUGGGGAGGAAUCUCGCAUCCUGAAAGAACUGCAUGUUCUGGGUAUGGAAGACAGAGGUUGCACUGGUAAGGCAGAUGAUGAGGAUGAUGAAGACCUAACUGUGAACAAAACAUGGGUGCUUGCUCCAAAGAUCCAUGAAGGUGACGUCACUCAUAUAUUAAACUCCUUGCUCCAAGGAUAUGACAAUAAGCUUCGGCCAGAUAUUGGUGUGAGAACUACCGUAAUUGAAACAGAUGUGUACGUUAACAGCAUUGGUCCAGUGGAUCCAAUUAAUAUGGAAUACACCAUAGACAUAAUUUUUGCCCAGACUUGGUAUGACAGUCGCUUGAAAUUCAACAGCAGCAUAAAAGUCCUUAUGUUGAACAGCAAUAUGGUUGGCAAAAUCUGGAUUCCUGACACUUUCUUCCGAAACUCAAGGAAAUCAGAUGCCCAUUGGAUCACCACACCAAACCGCCUGCUUCGUAUUUGGAGUGAUGGACGAGUAUUAUACACCCUAAGGCUGACAAUUAAUGCGGAAUGUUACCUUCAGCUGCAUAAUUUUCCUAUGGAUGAGCAUUCCUGUCCACUCGAGUUUUCAAGCUAUGGAUAUCCAAGGAAUGAAAUUAUAUACAAAUGGAAAAAAUCGUCAGUUGAAGUAGCAGACCCCAAAUACUGGAGGUUGUAUCAAUUUGCAUUUGUGGGUUUACGAAAUACAACAGAUAUCUCUCAUACACAGUCUGGGGAUUAUGUUGUCAUGACAAUCUUCUUUGUGCUGAGCAGGCGCAUGGGGUAUUUUACCAUUCAGACGUACAUCCCUUGCAUACUAACUGUGGUGCUUUCCUGGGUCUCAUUCUGGAUUAAUAAAGAUGCUGUGCCUGCAAGGACAUCAUUAGGCAUCACUACUGUUUUGACCAUGACCACACUGAGUACAAUUGCAAGAAAGUCUCUUCCCAAGGUGUCUUAUGUCACAGCAAUGGAUCUCUUUGUCUCAGUGUGCUUUAUUUUUGUCUUUGCUGCCUUGAUGGAAUAUGGAGCCUUGCAUUAUUUCACCAGCAAUAGAAAGGAGGACAAAGAGAAAGGCAAGAAAUCAAAAAACAAGUCCUCAAAUCCACCUGUCCUACCUGUCCGCCGGGGAUCAACAUUAGUUCCGAUUAAUAAAGUCCAUCGCUUUCAAGAACAUGACAGCAGUUAUGGAUAUGAGUGCCUUGAAGGAAGGAAGGAUACACAUCCGAGUGGCCAAAAUUGAUUCCUACUCUCGAAUUUUCUUUCCCACAGCCUUUGCCCUAUUCAACCUGGUGUA